GUUUGUUCUAAAAGUUGUAAAAACCCUAAACGACACACCGUGAUUGAAAAGAAAAAGACGACAAUCAUCUGUCAUCACUGCCAAAAGAAUCGAAGAGUCUCACUAAGGCGUGAAAUGGACGUCUGAAUUCCACCGAUCAAGCAGUCUAUCUCUGAAUUAUCUAUUAUUCGAAAUUUGGGUAUUCAUCAUUUUGCAAAAAAAGUUAAAGCAGCAAAGCGAGGGGGGAAAUAAAUAGAAAACUAUGGAUAGCCAGUCCACUAAAAGGAUUGUGAGUAGCUCAAGAUCCGAUAGAAUCAGCAACUUGCCGAGCAACAUCAUAGAUAAUAUUCUAGUUUGUCUGCCCAUUCAUGAAGCAGUCAAGACUAGUAUAUUGUCAAAGAAUUGGAAGUUCAGGUGGAGAUAUCUUCCCAAAUUGGUAUUUGACUAUACAUUUUAUCACAGAUCGAUAAGACCCUCUUUUUCAAAACCUAACAUUACUAAACUUUUUCUUAUUAUCUUUAGAGUUUUAUUACUACACCAUGGAUCCAUAUUGAAUUUUACUUUUCAUGCUCCAUUGUUAAAAAACUAUUCCGAGAUUGACCACUUGGUGCUUUACCUGAGCGAGAAAGAUGUUCAUGAAAUUGUCUUUGAUUUUGGAGAAGGUGGUUAUGGAAUGCAUAGAUUGCCAUCAUAUCUGUUCUCAUGUGUGACAUUGAGGAAAUUGACCUUGUCCUCGUGUGCUUUCACAGUUCCAUUGACAUUUCAUGGAUUUUCUAAGUUGAUUUCUCUUACGUUUGACUCAGUUUAUUUUGAUACCAAAGGCGAAUUUGAAACUUUCAUCUCUAAAUGCCCAUUACUUGAAACACUUUCUAUAAAAGACUGUCACCAAAUUGAUAACCUCGAUAUUGGCCUUCCUUAUCUCAAGUUCUUUCGCUUCUCCGGCUCUUGUAAGGCUAUUUGUUUUAGAAAUACUAGUCAGUAUCUUUCAACAGUUGUAUUUGAUGAAGAUUUUAGCGGACCCUAUUCCUCUGAACCAACCAAGCUUUUUAAAUGUCUGCCUGUUGUCGAGCACUUGCGUCUUGGACCUGAAUUUUUGCAUUACCUUAUUGGUGGAAGAAUGCCAAGGAGACUUUCUCUUGGCUGUCUUAGAGUUCUCGAACUGCCUCGAGUAUAUUUUGGGUGGACGGCUAUUAUCUCUGUUGUUCUUCGCUUGAUCGUGAGCUCUCCCAACUUAGAGAAGCUGGAGAUUGGGUUUGUAGGAAAUGAUUGUAAAUUUGAUCAUCUUGUUGUGGAACUUUUAAAAGUGGAAUACCUUUUAGAUGAUGCACUGAAAAAGCUUCGAGUGGUGAAGAUGACGAUCUCAAACACAGCAAAAGUAAAACCUGAACUGGAAUUUGCAAAGUUUCUAUUGUUUGGAUCUGUGGUACUAGAAAAGAUGUUUAUAAAGCCUGGCUACGGAACAACUGCUGAGGGAGUAUCUAUAAUUUUGAAAGAGAUAACUGGAUUUCAGCGAGCAUCAAAGAAAGCAGAAAUUUUAUACCUGGAUCCCCGACGGUGUUGCUGAAUGUUGAUAUUGUUAGGAGUGAAAGGUUAGGAUGUAAUCAGGUCAUUUUUCUUGUCUUAGCAAAAAACAUAGGAACUGUUUGUCAUUUUAUCUUAUCAAGAUUGUUUGACUACUGAAAUAUUAUAACUCAUUUUGCACAAACAGAGCAUUCCUUGUAAGCAAAUCAAAUAUAUAUACUCUCUCCUUAGCAUAAUAAUUGGCUUAUGUAAAUUAUUUUAAUUUUCCUA